GGUCCAGCUUUCCCCAUGCAUCCAAUUUCACCGGGGUCUUUAUCCAAGCUUAGGCAUAGUUACCCUUACCUUAGCCCAUCCAUUCACUCAUCUCCACCGGAGCCCGUUCAUCUUUCCAUCUGGCCAUUGCCUGCCUGUCUUAUCUUCCCUUCCUUCUUCUUCCUCUCUUCUAUUCCUCUCCAGCCGUUUCCUCGAGGUCGAUAUUUGUUGAUUAACUUGCGCCAUACUUCACUGUCAACUAUCACAAGCUCAUUGAAGUAAAUCGCCAAUAUGCGCUUCUCGUCCUCCACUGUUCUUGCGGCUCUGCCCGCCCUUGCUGCCGCUCAGGACUCGCCUAUCGACCAGUAUAAGGCCCAGUUCCAAAAUGUCAUCGGACAGUUCGCCUCAUAUAUUCCCAACCCAGGCCACCAUGACCCUGUCGCAGCCGCUGAGGCGAAGGCUGGUUCUAUGAGACUCAACGUCCUGACCCUUGAGAACUGGAAGCAAACCCUUUACGAGCCUGUUUCAGCUGGUGCUACUACUCCUGAGGAGUGGUGGUUGCUCAUCUCUGGCGGCAACAAGACCUGCUACGGUCGAUGCGGAACUGUCGAGCAGGCCUUCAACGAGACCGCUGCCAAGUUUGCGCUCCUCGACAACACCCCCCAUAUGGCCUACUUGAAUUGCGACAACCAGCCCAUUCUCUGCAAUGCCUGGUCUGCGGGUCCCGCCAGCCUCUAUAUCAUUGAGAUGCUCCCCGAACCUGCGCCCGUCGAGAUUUACAGCAAGAGGCUUAACUUGACUACCACAACCUCUGACACUCUGGUUGCCUUCCACGAGUCCGGUAGCAAGGACCAGUUCCAUCGCAUUGACAGCAGCUGGUUCCAUCCCUUCAACGGCAAGCUUGCCGAGUACGGCGUAGCUGUUCCCUUCGGCUACCUCAUGUGGGCUAUGGGUCUCAUCCCCAACUGGCUCUUCAUGCUCGUUGUCUCUUUCGGUAGCCGCGCCAUGAUGUCCCGUCGCAUGCAAGGCGUCAACGGUGCCCCCCAGGCUGGUGCUCAGCGCGCCCAAUAAUUCGGUCUUAGCAAACACUUGACAGGCUUUAGUGAUGGAACCGUUAAAUUGUUCGAUAUCUGGGAAAAUGUUAAUUUGUCGUACAAAUAUAUGAAGUUUCUGGUUCGGAGAGAUCAUGAUUAUUCU